AUCUUUGUGUUGGGUCUACCCUUCGCUCUGCUCCAGUCGGGUUAUGUGGGUCUCGUUCUGCUGGUUCUGUCGGCAUGGUCCUGCAACCACACAGGGAGGAUCUUGGUGGCCUGUCUGUAUGAAGAGGAACAAAGCAGCGGCUCUGUGUCGAUGGUCAGAGUCCGACGCAGCUACCAGGACGUAGUGGAGGCCGGCUGCAGAGGCCUUUGGCCCAACUUGCCUGCACUGGGGGGGUGGCUUGUUAAUGUAGCUCAGGUCAUUGAACUGUUGAUGACCUGCACCCUGUAUCUGGUCGUCUCCACCAGCCUGCUGUCCGACAGCCUGUCGGGGACGGCUGUUCCUAGAUCAGUGUGCUCUCUGGCGUCUCUGGCGUUCCUGCUGCCUUGCCUGCUGCUAACUGAUCUCAGACCAGUCUCCACCCUCAGCCUGCUGUGCUCCCUGGCACACAUACUGAUCAGCCUUCUGGUCAUGCUGCACUGUCUGAGUCGAGCCAGCAGCUGGUCUUGGUCGGCUCUGCCUCUGUCUGUGGACCCGGAGGACUUCAUCGUCUCCGUCGGCGUCAUCAUCUUCUCCUACACCUCACAGAUCUUCCUCCCUCCUCUAGAGGGCAGUAUGAGGGACAGAGGGCAGUUUAACUGCAUGCUGGGGUGGACGCAUGCAGCCGCCUGCAUCAUGAAAACUCUGUUUUCUUUGCUGGCCGUGCUGACCUGGGGGGCCGAGACCAGUGAGGUCAUCACAGACAACCUGCCCUCUGACCUUCGGCCUCUGAUCAACCUGAGCCUCCUGGCUAAAGCCCUGCUGUCCUACCCUCUGCCCUUCUACUCCGCUGCGGAAAUACUUCAAAGCUGUCUGCUCCGAGACGUCUCCUCCCACUCCAAACACGGUGUGUCUCGCUUGGCCCUCCUGGUCCGCCUCGCCUUGCUGAUGACGUCAUACCUCCUGGCCCUGAUCGUCCCCAGGUUCUCCCUGCUGAUGGGUUUGACAGGCAGCGUGACCGGGGCGGCCAUGACACUCAUACUGCCGUGCCUCCUUCACCUCAGGCUGCAGUGGGGCCGCCUCACCGUGGAGGAGCGGCUGAUAGAUCUGUGUAUACUGAGCCUAGGAGUCAUCUGCAGUGUGUCUGGUGUGAUCUGUUCAGUGAAAAGACUGGUGGGAGGAAUGUAGGAUGAUGAAGGGAUGGAUGGGAAAACGAUCUGUGUUAGAAAACUGAAUCUGUGCAUGAUUACGGCUCAUGAAGCAGCUUUUCAUGGCAACUACGGUUCAAAUGAAUAAGUGUAAUGAAAAAGAGUCAAAAGUGCCAACUACUGCUCUACUGAGAAUUAUGAUCAACACUGCAGUUCCCUUCACACACACACAAGUGUUUGUUGUAUAGUGGCGGCCGGCCAAUAGAGGGCAAUGGGGUGAAAAUAUAUCUGAAAAUCCAAUUUUUGAAUCUGAAAAUAUAAAAUCUGCAACCGAAAAAUAGAAUACAGUGAAAAUCCCCCCAAAAAUACAUGUGAAGAAUGAAAAAAAAUUAUAAAACUGAGUCAAAAACUAUAUUCAACCCAAACAACAAAACCUAAACUUUCAGGUUCCCAUCCUUUUUUUCAAAUGAACAAAACUUUUGACCUGGAGUUGGCUUCCCCCCCCCCCCCCCACCCCCCUUUAGCUACUCAAAAAGAGAAGAAAAGAUAAUAUUAAGUACUAAAAAAUGUUGAUGUUUGUCUUUUCAAAAUAUGGAAUGUACCCAGUAAUAUUUUCAUCAUAUCUGCGGAAAAUACAUGUACAUGUAUUUGCGCAAAGGGCGAGCUCACGAUUGGCCGCAGAGGGCGGGUCUAAGAAUAAAAAAAUGUGUGACACACAAUACAGCCAAUUGACGUCCUUAGAUAGACUCGGCCUCAGGCAACGUUGGUUCGUCAGGCGGAUGAUAUUCUGGAGGAAGUAAAGGGCACCGAUUUUAUCGACCAGACAACUAACAUCUAUACAGUACUUAUUAUAUCAUACCUCUUAUUAUUUCAUACAUAUUAAAUUAUAUUGAAUUGCCUGUGAGGGUAAAAAAAGAAGGUCAAAGUGUUAUUUACUGCUUUUUUUUCAUGUUGCAAUAUAUUUUAAAUAUUUAAUUGCAAAGUACUAAUGUGAUUUUAAUAUAUUUAUUGUUUUGCAUUAAAUCAGCCCGGGAUGUUUGCUGAAAUCGAUUCGAUUAGCCAACCUACAACAUGUUCUUACACCAGUCGCCACUGUCUAUUUUGGUUCACCCUUGUUGUUCUCAUUAGUGGUAUUUACAGCUACAACAGGUAGGCAACUGUUCCCACCAGAAAACCUUCAAGUGAACAACAUCCUUAUAAAACAGUCAGAAGGUCAAAUUCUUAAAUGUUUCUUGAGAAUUUUAUCUGCUAUGAGAAUAGCCUGCCAACAACUAACUAAAAAUUCAUUUUCAAGGUUUGUGUCGAAAGAAACCGUGAUCCCUAAUUUAAGGGAUCAAGUGAUGCAUUGUGGGUCUGGUCCUGGGAAAACAAAGUGGAAUAUGGUAAUUAUGUCCUCACGCUAUAAUAUAAUACGCAGAAAAGAGAGAGAGUUUAACGAUGAAGUAAUUUAUUCAAAGUCUUCCCCUUCGGACUGGAGGAAAUUGAGUGAUGUUGUUUUGGUCUCAUGUCUGAAUCUGUAAUUGUUUGUUAGAUGUACGGAAGGAGUGUGUGUAGGUGUGUUUGUGUUCAGGCGUGUUAAAGGUUAGGGGUAAGCCGUCAUGUAACGGCAACAAAAAAAGGGAGCCUGUAGUCACGGCCGUAAAUGUUCUGCUUUUUGAGAGUGAACACACAGCGGCACAUAGCGACGACGUCUGCACGAAACCAAUGGAAGUCCAAAGUGAUGGAAACACAACUCUGGGUGUGUGUGUGUUAACGUGUGCGAAUCUCGGCAGGUGGGAGUAGUCUUGGCUUUGGUUCCGCUUCUGUUUAUGUGCCUCCAACGCGCUGUGGAAGUGGGUCGAUCCAAGACUGUGAAAGAAAGGAAAAAGAAAACUCCAGAGGAGGAGAAAAUGGUCUCAUUUUUCAUCCUGUUGAAUGUAUCUACUGACUGUGUGAGGAGUGAGAGGAAAGAAAAAUGAGCAAGAAAAAGAUAAGACUGAAAACUGAAUCAUGGUUGAAUUAAAGAAGGUCAAAAGAAAGAGAAAGUUGCAGAGGAGGAAUAAAAGUUUUAAUUUUAUUGGGUCGGGGUUUAACAUGGUGAAUUUCUGCCAGUAACCUCUCAUGACAAACACACACGCACACAGACUCACAUAAAUGCAAACUAAGUCCAUCAAGGCUAAAUAAACGUCAUCAGGACUCCACAACGAAUGAAAUAUAUAUAAUAUAAUAACUUAAAUGGCUUUUUUCAGGAUUCAGUACUCAUGUUAAAGUGACAGUGAACAAACGCCAUCAAACUCCACUCAAUUAUUACUAUUAUUUAUUAUCCACUCCAUUAUCAACAGAAACGGCUGUGUUUACAGCAAAAAACAUGAUAAAUAAUGUGAUUUGUUGAUAUUGCAUACUGCAGUUUUGGCACUUUAAACGUGAUAAUAAAG